CACAGCGGCUACACAGGACACAUGGAGCCCUGUGUCUAACACAUUUGACUGUUCCUCCCACUGCGAGGACUUCCUGCGCUUUGGGACUAACUCUCUGUCAGUGGAAGCCUUUCUGAGUGUUUCUCCCCUCUGUGACGGCAGAGAACGGGACUGAGUGACCGGGUGCUGCUGCCGCUCUCUGCCGCCUCUCCUCCCAUCACCUGCGGCUCACUUUGUAAGGACUGUCCGCUGUUUCCGUCGCAGACUUUUGGAGUGUUAUCAAAAGUUACUAUGUUUGAACUUCUAAUUUAAUUCCAUCCGGCUGAGAUGCUGCCUGUGGAGUGUGAAGCUGUUUGCAUCCUAUAUACCUGACAUCCUUGGCAGUGGCACGCCUGUUUGGAUUUAUCUCAGCUGCUGGACACCCUGUCUGACUAACUGCUUUUCCUGGAGACUGUUACCCACCUUUUCCAUGAAACAUCUGAGAGGAUAAUGGAGUACCACCACACUUUGGUCCACCUACUGGCUUUAUUUGCAUUUAUAACUUUGGCACAUGGAUCCCGCCCCAGGUUAGAAGAUGCCGCUCCCCGGAUCGUGGAACACCCGUCUGAUCUCAUCGUGUCUAAGGGCGAACCGGCCACCCUCAACUGUAAGGCGGAGGGCCGGCCCACUCCAAUGGUGGAAUGGUACAAAGAUGGCGAGCGGGUUGAGACGGAUCGAGAGGACCCUCGAUCCCACCGGAUGCUCUUACCCAGCGGCUCCCUCUUCUUCCUGAGAAUUGUUCACGGGAGGCGGAGCAAACCUGAUGAAGGUCUCUAUGUUUGUGUGGCCCGAAACUACCUGGGAGAGGCAGUCAGUCGCAACGCAUCGCUGGAGGUGGCAAUGCCUCAGAUCUCCUGGCAGCUUGCACUCAAGAUCCACCCCCCACCCUCCUUUCUGGCCUCCAACACUUCAUCCUACCUCCUCCCCAGCCUCAUUCCCAACAUCCUCCCCAACAUCCUCCCUAGCCUCAGAACCGGCCUCUGA